AUGUCUCUAGAAGGCAAAAACGCUGCAAUUUUCGGUGGCUGUGGUGGUAUAGGCCUAGCAAUCGGACAACAUCUGCUGAAGGAAGGUGUAAAGAAACUGGUCAUUCUUGACAUGGUGCAGUUGUCCGAUGAGAAUCUGGAGCGCUUGAAGGAACACAAUCGUGAUGCACAGAUACUAUGCAUCGUCUGUGAUAUAUCCAACCGCACCGAAUUGAAGCAGACAUUGGAGAAGGAUGUACAGGGGGCAUUAGGGUGCAUAGACAUUCUGAUAAAUUCUGCCGGGAUUGUUGAGAAUGAAGUGCCCGAUAAAGUGGUUGCCGUUAAUCUGACUGGACCAAUUAAUUCGUGUCUAAUCGCGCUUAACAUGAUGUCCCGGGCAAACGGUGGUAAAGGUGGAGUGAUCGUGAACGUUUCCUCCAUAGCAGGACUUGAGCCGGUCACCUUUCUUCCUACCUACUGUGCUACGAAGCAUGGCAUAGUUGGGUUCACGCGGUCGCUGGGAGUUCAACCCGUCUACCAUGAAACGGGAGUAAAGUUCGUAAUCAUCUGCCCGGGUGGCACACGUACUCCAAUGUUUGCCAAUUGCAGAUCACUGUACACCGAAGUGAAAGUGUUGAACAAAAUGUUCCAGGAGUUAAAGUCCUUUAAACCUCAGAGCCCUGACGUUGUUGCAGACUGCGUGAUACAGGCAAUCGUUAAGGGAGAGAACGGUUCGGCAUGGAUUUGUAACGAUGGAAAGAUCUCUCUCCAUAGCUUUCCGCAGUCAAACUACAUUUGA